AUGCUCCUCAUAUUCUGCCUGGCUCUUAUCGUCGUCGCAAGUGGCAUGACCUUGACUCGUGGCGAAGAUACCGCUCCAAGCUACGAUGUCGCUCCUGCGCUGGACUCGAACGCGGGCAAGAAUGUUCGCCGUCUCAGGGGAAGCCACAAACCGCACACCAAGGGAGACGAAGAGAGAAUGAUACCGGUUUUUACAUUCUGGAGCGACGAGAUGCUGGGGAGGACAGAAUUUGCUUCGACUACUUCAACAACGUCAACUACUUCGACUCAAUCAUCGCAAAAUGCUUUAUAG